AUGACAUCGGGUGGAGAAUGGAAUUUUGAUGGAAGAACGACUGGAAGACGGAGAGGCUCAGCUGCCACUCGACCCAUCUCCCAAUCGAUUUCUUCGCACUUUCAAAAGCAGAAACCAGUAGAAUGGAUCUCCUCACUGAUACAAAGAUAUCAAGAUCAACUGCCAACAUUGACUGGUAGAACAAUAGAUCGAGAGACAAGAGAACUCCUCAACACCACACAUUCAUGUAUCAUCAAUGUCAGUAAACAUCAUUUACAUCUAGUACUUUUGGCGUUGUUACGAGUGCUGAAAGCUGUAAAUGCUAGCCGUUGGACUUCACAAGUGGCACUUUCACAGUCACGUCUUGUCGUCUUGGAGACGCUACUUGCUUGUUUAAAAGAGGCCUCUCCACCACCAUCUCGAAAUGUAGAGCGAGAAUGUUGCAUGAAAAGUGUUCUCGAAGAGAUGUGGGCACUUAUGGGAAGCAAUCCUGUCGGCGAAAAAGCAAUGCUGGUUGUUGGACGUGUUGGCGCUCUUCAUCCAUCGCUGAUGAUCUCAAGAUACGAGCGAGCACUCUCCGCGCUGAACGAUGAAGAGACUGGUGAGGAUACAGUCGAUCUCGCUCUCUCGCACAUCACCUUGAUGGGCUAUGUGACUUUUGAGAUGGAAGCUCUCAUCCGAAUCCUUCAACUAACCCUUCAAUUCUGGGCCCCAAGAAAAGAACACGUUGAAUCAGUGUGCAACAUGUUGACAAGCAUAUUAUGGAGAUGGAUUGAGAGGUGUCCGGAUCUGUUCAGCACCUUACAACACAGUCCACAACAGCAAAUUUCCGAUGUGUGUGAUGGUUUGUUUACUGCAAUGAAUACAGCCGAAUUGAAAAGACGAGCAACGUGUUGGCCUGUGCAAAUGCUUCUCUUGGCUAUUUCACCGUGUUCUCUUGAAGCAAUCGCACAUGCUGAAACGGAUUCUGUUCUUCUUCCACCAAUGGUCAUCACAAAGAGACAAUUCGUGGAUCAAGUCGUUUCAACAAUCGCCUCCUACAACACUGGACAAAGACCAAUCUGGUCAGCUCAACUCCAAGCCGCUUGUCACGCUGGAGUGAACCUCUGCAAAUGUGCCACCUAUGUGAAUCUUUCCGAUUUCUUUGUGUUCAACGUGGUGCAACAAUUGAUUGAGCAUGUAAAGGGAGUACUGCUGACCGGCUCUCGUCCACGAGAGAUUGAAAGAUCCGUGCUUGUCGAUUGCUUUGUUGCACUUUUUCGACUCAAAUUCGAUAACGAUGUGUUCAGAGUCUGUCUCACUUCAAAUCAGCCGAUUCUGCAACUUGUGCUCGUCGAAGCACUGCACAUUAUCGCAUCAGAGGAUCGAGAAUGGCCACGAAGGUGGAGAACUUGGUGGCCAAAAAUCGACAUGGUUAUGUCAAGAUCUGAUCAAUUGAGAACACUUCUUAUGCAGGUUUUGGAGAAAGUUGUUGAAGCGGAUCCAGUCCCAUCGGGUCAUUUACCCCUUUCGGUCAGCAGGUCAUGGCAUAAAAUGUCGGGUCGAUGGAGAGUGGAAAGGCCGAGUUCGGGCUCGCUCGGCUCUUCGCACGGGGCAAUGACACCAGCUGAUUGUUCGUUGCACACGAUUCUCUUGGCGAUUCUUCGUCUCAUCACCACUCAGCCAACAUUGCUCAUUCGGAAUCGGAUUACGGUAGAUGAGGUGUGCAUUGAGACAGUUGUCUCGGGAUUAGUGCUUUUAAUCGAUCAUCCAAGUCUACACACGCCAUCUAUGCAGGCUCUUCUCGCUUUACAUACAGUCAUCCCUCAAUGGAACACUGCAAGUCCACAAGCCGCUUUGACUACUUUCUUCAGCGUCAGCUCACAUAUGCUGUUCGCCGUCUGCCAAAAGCUGAUCCACUUCCAGACUUCAUCCGCCGAACAUGUCAUCUCAUGGCUUCGAGUCUUGAUUCAAUGCAGGAUUGAUUAUCUCCGUGAAAACUAUCAUCUGAUCACCGAAGAAAUGAUGGACGGGAUCACGUAUCAAUCGCUUGUCAAAUUCGAGGGAUCCCUUUUGCCGAAUCUACAAAUCGAUCUCUCCCUAGCUAGACACCUCUCAUCAGCUCCAAAUAUCGUCACCGCCGGGCGAAUCGCUUUGCAGAAAAGUGUGGCUCGUCAUCUGCGAGCGCUCACGCACGCGAACUCGGCUGUUCACGAAGCAUGGCAUGAAACGCUCAGAGUCUGGGAGCUCUUCACAGCACAACUCGUCUCUGGCUCGAAAGAUCAUGCCGAUUUCGUUGAUCAUGUGACAAGAGUGACUACUGGCACAGCAGUGACAUCAUCAGCUGAUGCAGCUGCUUCAUUGGUUGAUGCGUGGUCAUCGAUGAGUGGAUUUCUUUCUUCGAUUGCUCAUCUCAUUUAUAUUAAAGAGCCGAAUCAUGUUGCUAGUUUCAUUUCUCGAAUCCUUUCCGUCCUCAGAACCGCUGAAGGAAAAGAGGGAAAAGAAGGAAAAGAAAAUAAAGACAAAUUGGAUAAAAAUGAUGGAACUGGAGGCACAAAAGGAUUGAUGUGUAAAUGCGUAAAGGAGCUUCUUUCGUAUGAAGUCUCACCGUCACUCGAUCACUUCCUUUUCCAUUCAAUCGCUUCCGCACUCUCACAACAUUCCGCUCAUCACAAUUUUGUUGAACACUGCAUUUACAUUGUUAGAAAUUUGCUAUCUCGAAGGCAAGUUGUUGUUCUGCGAGUUGACUCCACUCAACAAAUGCUUCACGCUCUUCUCCUUCACUCACAACAAAAUAGUGAACGAUCCAUGUUGAAUAAAAUGACCUUUACAAAGAAACUCUGUGGACUCUUGCAGUUGAUUCUUGCCAAUGGAGCGGCUCGACGAAUUCCUCCACCACUUCAAUCAAGAUUGGUGGAACAUCUUUCAUCAUGCUUGAGCUCAUUACCCUCACCGCAUCCAUUCUCGACAAAUCGCACUGAAACUCUUCAAACGGUGCUUUGGGCUUUGACGAAACUCCUCUCUAACAUCAGCAUUGCUAUACCCACUAACACAUUCAAUAAACUCUAUACUCAGCUACUCGACGCUUUCCAAGAACCAUCAUUAUCCCAUUCAUCUCCAGUUUUGAGUAGAACUCCACUUGAAGAACCAGUGAACAGCGGUGGAGCUGCUGAAUUGACUCGACGAACAAAUGAGGCUGUUCUGGCUGCUAUUGCGGCACUAAUCAACGCAAAUCCGGAUCUAGGAGUUGUUCGAGCAAUGGAAACAUCGUGGUCUUCUGGGAGAAGAACUCGUGGAUGGGCACUUGACGCGCUCAGUCGAGUUCUUCGUGCAGACAGUCCUGCAAGAAGAACGGGUGGCACUGGUGAUCGGGAAGGGCGUCACGGAGAACUUCUGCGUCUACUCACAAUGACAACUGAAGAUGGAAGCUUACCUUUGGUCAGCUCUCUCGCCAACUCAAUUCCUCUCGAUUCACCGGAAAGAGUUUGUCGAGUCGUUGUAACAGCUUUCUCAGAAAAAGGUCGUCUUUCUGAAUUGUUAUGGGCUGUUCUCUGGACGGAAGCUGAAAGUGCAAUCAGCCCGAGUACUCUUUAUAGAGGAUCUUCCUUUGCAGCAAAAUUGAUUGGCUACUGUUUCCGGGUAUUCGGCCAUGCUUAUCUAGUAACAACUCUAAGGCCACUCAUUCAAGAAAUGAUGCAAUCCGAUGCGGCAACUUAUGAGAUUGAGCCAGAACGAAUGAGUCAACAAGGAUCGCCAUCUUCUUCUUCGUCAGCGGUUGCUUGUGGAAUUGCGUCAAGUCAAAAAGCUGCUCAACGGGCUUUCGAUCUCAUUCUACAGUCACUCGAACAUCUGCCACCUAAAUUACGAGUCCUUUGUCGACAACUUUAUUUGGUGAUCAAUACCCGUUUUCCUUCUAGUGGACUCUCAGCUUUGGGAAAAAUCCUUUUCUUGAGACUGUUCAAUCCAGCAAUUGUGACUCCAUAUGAAAUGCAACUUUGCUCAAGACGUCCUUCUCGUCAAUUAAGUCGAGGAUUGAUGCUUGUGUCAAAAAUUCUGCAAACAACUGUGAAUCAACCAACGACGAGUCGCGACAGCUCAAUGAGACAUUUCGCUGAGUUCAUCGCCGCAAAAGUACAACCGGUGAAUGACUUCCUCUCGGCCGUUGUGGGUGAAGAAAUAGACGAGGAGGCUCUUCGAGCACCGCCUCCGUCUCUUAACGCACAUCUCCUCUUCAACGUUCAUUCCCUAUUUCUUAAUGAUAAGCAAGAGAUUGUGAGACAAUUGCGCUACACAUGUGCUUCAUCGAAUUUAUGCUCUCGAGUGGAUGCGCUCUUGCAAAGUCUUCCCGAUGAGCCACCACUUCCACCAGCUAAUUCUGAAGGACUUGAUCCAACGCUUCCCUAUUUCUAUCAACUUGCAACAAACGCCAAUGGCAUUCCAAUCUAUGCUCUCAUUCUCAGACGCUUGCAAAAUGUGGAAGCGGAAACGGCUGUGAAAACGAUUUCCGAACGAUGCGCGAGAACGAAAUGGAUUUGCCUUCUUGAUGGCCUUUGCUGCUAUGAUCCACCGCAUUUGCAAAAGCUCAUGUCCGCUGAUUCAUUCGCUCACAUUGAUUCAGUGUUGGUACUUCAUUGUUCAACCCCACUCCUUUCUCGUCUUCACGACCAUUUCGCUCUCUUUAACACUCUCCAUAUUUCUUUUGAUCCAAUCGGAGCCAGAAUCCCACUCGAUUCAUUGCCCACUCUUUCGCGACAAGUCAUGAUUGGAGAAGAAUAUUUAGUUGAAGCUGAACUUAUUGGAGCUGAACAAGUUCAUGUGACUGUAAAAAUUGUCGAAGGUCUUUUGUGCAUCUCUGGUGCAAGAAAAUGGAGUGAACAGCCAGCACUUGUCUCCGAUUUUUAUCAGUGCUCAGAUUUUGAACAGCUUGAAUUAAUCGACUCAAAAACGGUUUCAUUGUUAUCUGGGGAUACAAUAGUGUCACUGAGACUUGAAGAAGCUCUCGAGUUGCUGGAGAAAAUCUCAGCCGUUCGAGAUCGACAAGCCGAUGCUGACACAGCUGCACGAGCUCCUUUCUGGACGCAUGCUCCGCAACUGGUUUGUUUGGCUCUCAUUCAACUGGUAGACAUCGACGCCGGGGUACGAGCCACCGCCUACACUCUUCUGCACUCAUUGGCCACCACUCUAUCACUACCAAUCACUGAGCAUCUACAAGAAACUCCUUGCGUGUUGGUUCCAUCUGGCUGCACUCGACUAGUCAGACCACUAGUCACCUCGCUGAUUCGCUCAAAUCCAAAUCUCCUCGGCACUUUACUCCCCCGAAUCCUUGAUCAUCCAAAUAUCACUCUAAUCGAUGCAUUAAAGGACAGUUGGGGUUGUCUCUCCGAAGUUUCGGAUGAGAUUCGUCAAGAAUGCAUUGCUCAUCUCGUUUCCGCGUGCCAUGAGGGAGGCACCAUUGCGGCACUGAUCUGCUCUUUGGUUUGGCCAAGGAUUGGAGAGCUUGACGAGCGGGUUCUACAAACGACAAUCGAUCGUCUUUUAGCCGUGUCACCGAUCUCGGCAAGCUUGGACAUUGUGCAAUCACUGUCGUCAGCGUCAUCGCUUCUCCCAUCACUCAUCGUACGAAGAUGUAUCGAGCAAUUGACACAAGCCAGCAGUCCACAGCCAACUCCACCAAGCAGCCUUCCUCGACUUCUCGCAUUCCUUCUUGUGCUCACUUUUGACUCAGCCGCUUUAAAACUGGAAGCUCAUUUACCCCAAAUUCUCCAUGUGGUAGCCUGUGUUGCUGGGAGUGGGUCACAAUUCGUUCGCUAUGCUACAUUCGCGAUUGUUAACAAUAUCUUUCACAGCUUUGGAACCAACCCCGACUAUAAGCUUAAUGAUGAAGGACAUGGCUCUCUUGGUUUAUUUUUGAGGCAACUUUCUUCCUCGGAAUCGAUGCGGCUUUUCCGGGUGAUCGACUGUGAUUCAGGGCAAGCCGUCGUGAAUGCAGCCAUGCAAUUGGUUGAUCAAGCUGAUGGGAAGGUCGAGUCGGAAAGCGAGCGAGAGCUAGAGGAUGACAUGCCAGCUUUGCAACCAGUUGGACUUGGUGAUGUUCAUCAACUGCUAACACUCAUCAUUGGAGUGCUUAAAGAUCUUGAAAUGGGAAUGGAUGGUGGAAGAGCGUGGAUCAGCGAGUGGAGAACAGUGGCUAGGCAUUGGGCUUUUCAGGGUUGUGGUGAAAUGCAAAUCCGGUCCUUGAUCGCUUUCUCCUGUCUGGCUGAAUCGAUUUCUGAUCCGGAGAUGAAAAACAUCAUUCAGAUUUUGGUGCAGGUGGUGAAACGUCGAGAUUGUCUCUCGGCGAUGGCGGCCGUUUCCCUCUCACUUAUUCGUCUCCACACACUCACCGCUUCAAAUUCCCCUAUUCACAAACUAAUCUUUUGGAUAGCAAUUCUUAUGUUCCAGCUCGAACAUGCAACAAUCUACGAAUAUGCAAUACAGCUUUUAUUCGCCAAUCUCAGCAAUCUCGAUCAUAUGGGCGUCUUUGAACACACUACGUCAUUGGAAAAGUUUGCUAUGGAGGCGAGAAUACCCCUUGAAUGGGAUCUCAAAGCCGUUGAUCAAUGUGCCGGACUUUCAUUCAAAGCCAAUUUCAACUUUGCAUUAGUUGGAUAUCUUCUGAAAGGACUUCGACAACCGUAUCUAUCAGUGAAAGUCGUUCAACUGCUUCAACUUUUACUACGAAUCACUGCGAAGAGCAAUCACCAAGAUCCAUAUGUCUUGACAAUGGACAAUAUUCCUUAUCUAUUGGCUUUGCUGCCGUUUGAUGAAAAGGUUCAACAGCGUUUUCGUGGUUUCUCGACGCGUCGCGAACAGCAGCAAGUUGUUUCACGUCAGGUUUUGGAUGCUCCUUGGGACGGAAAUCGGCUAUCGGCCAGCCGACCAAUGCCACACUCACCAUCAGCGCCACUAUUACCCUCUUCGAGUUCUCCAUCUAAUGCUCCAUCGUGGCACGAUGAGGAUGGCGAAGAAGAAUCGGGAAUGCUUCUCGAUCCGACAAUCGUUUGCGGUGAACAAGCACAAGCUCUAGCAGUCACCGUUCUGGCGAUCUUGGCUCGAUCAUGUCCAAAUGUGCAUCUCAUUUUGGAUACUCUUCUCGAGGCGGUCACCGUCUUUCCAACAGUCGUGCCCGUCAUUGAAUGCUUACUCGAUCAACGAAUUGUCGGCCUUGUACAAUCUUGUCAAUCAGCGCCAAUGCUUUCCACGGUUGUUCGACUUAUCGAAACAUCAGCAUUGGGCGAAUCCGGCUCAGGCCCUCAGCAAGCGUGCUCCUUUCUACAACAGUGUGGUUUCGCUGGACUCUGGAGAUAUGCAGGAGCUUUUCUCUCACCGCGAGCUUCCCUUCAAGCGAUCAAUGCAAAUCUUUGCUCUUGUUUGGAGUGUAUUUUGGCUUCGAUU